AUGGACGUCGCCGACCCUCACGUCAAUGGGACGACAACCCCCUCGACGCCCAAGCGGUCCGGUCUCGCUUUGACCGAGUACACCGCCAUGCCAACACCCCCAUCCGAACGAGCUGACAUUCCUACCUACGACGUUCCUCGAGACUUUCUCUUGCCCACGGGCUACCCAGACUACUUGCGGCUGAUCCUCACUUCUCGGGUCUACGACGUGGUCAGCGAAAGCCCCCUCAGCCACGCCGUCAAUCUCUCCAACCGUCUGGAAUGCAAAGUCCUGCUGAAGCGAGAGGACCUACUGCCGGUCUUCUCCUUCAAGUUGCGAGGCGCAUACAACAAAAUGGCCCAUCUUCCGCCUAAGAUCUCGUGGAAGGGCGUGAUCGCUUGCUCCGCGGGGAACCACGCCCAGGGUGUGGCUUACUCGGCCAGACAUCUGAAGAUCCCGGCGACCAUUGUUAUGCCACAGGGGACACCGGCCAUCAAACAUAUGAAUGUGAGCCGCAUGGGCGGAAACGUGGUGCUACAUGGACCUGACUUCGAUUCGGCCAAAGAUCACUGUCAUUCGCUAGAGAAACAGUACGGUUUGACCAAUAUUCCACCCUUCGAUGACCCGUAUGUCAUUGCAGGACAAGGCACGAUAGGCAUGGAGUUAUUGAGGCAAACAUCCUUGCAGAAGCUCAAGGCCAUCUUCUGCUGCGUCGGAGGUGGCGGGUUAAUAGCUGGCAUCGGGGUGUAUGUGAAGAGAAUAGCCCCUCAGGUCAAGAUCAUUGGAGUGGAGGCCUCCGACGCAAACGCCCUGGUAGAGUCUCGGAAGGUGGGCAAGCGCGUUUUGCUUCGUGAAGUUGGUCUCUUCGCCGAUGGGGCCGCUGUAAAGACGGUCGGAGAAGAGACGUUUAGACUGUGUCAAGAAGUGGUGGACGAAGUCAUCGAGGUGAGCACCGACGAGAUUUGCGCCGCUAUCAAGGACGUCUUCGAGGACACAAGAUCGAUUCUGGAGCCAGCCGGGGCUUUGUCACUGGCAGGACUGAAGAAAUGGGUUGCUCAGAACCCAGAUACAGAUACCAGCCGGGAAUUGGUCGCCGUUGCCAGCGGCGCCAACAUGAACUUUGAUCGACUGAGGUUUGUCGCCGAACGUGCGACUCUGGGUGAGCAGAAAGAGGCUCUCUUAACAGUCACUAUUCCAGAACGUCCGGGUUCAUUUGCGCAACUUGUUGAGGCUGUCCUCCCUCAAGCUGUUACAGAAUUUGGGUACCGGUAUUCGAACACCGACAAAGCACACGUCAUGAUGGGCAUCACAGUCUCUUCAGCCGGUGCGCGGGCGCGAGAACUCGAUUCGCUCUUUUCGCGGCUUGCAGCCGAAGGCAUGACAGCCAAAGACCUCUCUGAGGACGAACUUGCGAAAACACAUCUCCGAUACCUUGUCGGUGGACGAUCUGGCGUCAAGGAUGAGAGGUUAUACAUGUUCGAGUUCCCAGAGCGACCGGGAGCUCUGUUCAAAUUCCUCCGGACACUGCGGCCAGGUCAGAGCAUAACGCUUUUCCACUACCGGAACUACGGUGGUGACGUGGGCAAGAUCCUCGCAGGCAUUCAAUGUCCUGAGCAUGAGAGGGAUCAACUGGAGGAGUUCUUGAAGGAUAUUGGAUAUCCGUUCACCGAGUGUACGGACAAUCCCACAUACAAGAUGUUCUUGCGGGACUAG